AUGAAGACUUUCAAGCCCAUUUUUCUAUGUGAGGUGAAAGAGGCAGCGGAAACGCAACAAGUCGCAAGUGUAACGAAUGCCAAGGAUGAUAUCGAGAUCGUCGUGGCUUCGGAAAAGUUCUCGGCAUACAGGGUUGAUGCAAGUUCGCGUCUGGUGGACCGCUGGCUCGAUGCUGUGGUGAGAUUCGCCGGUUCAGCUCCUGUGUUCCUGUUUAUCCUGGGUGGCCUCUUGGCCUGGGCUUUGAUGGGCAUUCGCUUCGGCAACUCGGAUGUCUGGGUGGCUGCCAUUUCUGACGUCCAGGCGAUCCUGUGUUAUGUCUUCGAUUCUCUGCUGAUGCGCCAGCUACUCCGCGAAUUCACUGAACAGCGCAAAGCCAUGGUCAAACUCCAGUCGCGUUGCAACAGUCACUAUCGCAUGCUUCUCAAAGUCAAGAAUAAACUGGGCGCAGAAGGGAUUCACCAAGUUUCGGAAAAGUGCCAAAACGAGCCAUUGCAACCACUGGAUCAUGGCUCCCGCGCCCAGACCCUAUUCGCCCGUUGCAUCAUCUACACCGCCAAGAGGCUCGGUCACAUCAUCACCGUCGGCAUGUAUUGGGUGUGCAUAUUUAUCUGGGUUGGCUUUGGUCCCACGUGCGGCUGGUCGGACCGUUGGCAGCUGUACAUUAACGACGCAACUUCGGCUCUGAUGGUUCUAGUUUUUGCCUUCCUCGCGUGCUUGCGUGAAUGCUAUGCCGACUAUACCAAUAUUUGUUUGGAUGCGAUCUUCCGCCUGGACUCCACCCUCGAAAGUGGACUCCGUCGGCUUAGCGAGGACGACGAACCCAAUAUCACCAUGCUCGAUAUUCCGCCUAGGGAGAACUACCUGCAGAAGGUGAUCUACUACUACGCCGAUAUUGUUGGCACGCUCGUUGGAAUUUUAUUCCUGAUUGCAGUGAUCAUCACCUGGGCAGCCGUCGGACCUGUCUUCCAGUUCAGCAACUCUUGGUGGCUACUCAUUGGCACCUAUGCCGGGCUGGUUGGUCUCUUCGACAGUUUCGUUCUCCGUAAUGUUCAAAACAAGGUUCAUCAGAACACUAAGAAUCAAGUCCGCCAUGUAGAAGCUCUCGACAAGGAACUGUUCGCUGGAUUGUCCGUGCCCAUCCCUGUUGUGGAUGAUCGGAAGGUUCUCUCUGUGACUCGUCGGAUCUCCCGCAAGAUGGAUGCCAUCAGCUCUCAUCUUCUCAUGGUCGUCGCUGGUUUCUUGCUGACUAUCGGCUGUGUGAUUGCAUCAAGCGCCUUGCGCUGGAGUCUGACCGGACAGCUGAUCUCGAACGUGCCCCCUAGUAUUAUUGAGACUUUCUUCAUGUUGAUCCUGAUCACGGGACAGAAUGACGCCGAAGCCGGUGCCCGCGUGGACUUGGCAAAUAUCUACUACCGUCGCCAACGGCUUCUGGCGUUCGUGAAGCACGCCAGCAGCUACUGCCUGAAUCAAGAGGAAGUGGAAGUUGAGACUGCCUCUGAUGCCCGAUAG